GGUUGAGCUAUGUUACACUAUAUUACACUAAUGUAGACGGGAACACAUCACUUUGAGGACACCGUCUAACUCAAUCAGCAGUCAGAAGUUCAAACUCUAGAUAUGUAACCAAGACUACAGCUGCAGUCCAGCACUCUUGUUUAUUUGGCUGAAGCUACUUAUCAGGGCUACAAUGUAGGCAAAACGUUUGGAGGGAUCGGUUACUGAUUUAACCCAAUCUGUUGACUUUAGCUGAUGUUUUGUGCAUUAACAUAACACAGAAAAAGUAAAAACCAAUGUAAAAUUAAGCAUUUUCUCACCCAAUGAACUCUUUGCUCACAAACUACACCCAGAAUCGCUUCGUUGGCCUGGCUGAUUACCCCCUGCUCACGGUAUCUCUGUAAGCCGCAGCAGAAACUGUGGUGUGCUCAUCCUUCAUCUUUAGGUUGUUACUUCCCUGAAAUCAGAGGUCACAAUUGUUUCAUGGUCCUAGGACAAUUAAAGCAUCUCCAGAGGAUGGACCGUUUAUGGUUGUGAAGGGGGGGGGCUCCAUGCUCCUUGUCUGUUUAUUUCCAGCCAACUUUCCUGCAUAGGUCAUCUUUACAAGCAAAUGUGCUCACACUAUCUUUUAUUGUGUGUUGCCAAUAAGGGACCACACAUCCAUUCGAUAAAUUUCUGCUAAAAAAAACUUUUUUAUCGAAGGAAUCCAUCCUUGGUCUAAGUUUAACACCAAUCUGGCAGACUGGAUCAAAAACCCCAUUAUUAUCCAUAAAUGGUCCUUGCCUCCUUUUUUUUUUAGGAGAGGGGUGGCUUCAAAGGCUUUUUUUGUUCACAAAAAAGUUCUUUUAAAAUUACAUAUCUGCUUUGAAAAACUAUUAAGGCUGAUUAUGAUUUAUUUAAGCUUUUAGCUUGUGGCUCUAAAAUGUGACAUUUUCCCUAUAGGCAGCAAAGCAUUGUUUUGUUUUAGCGAGCCACACUACAGGGUCGGCAAAUCUUUUCUCACCACACUCCUAAAUGUUGGUGUUUGCGUUUGAUGUGCUCCGUGUUUGGACUGUCAUGUAAAGCAGUCAGUCGCUCCGUGACUAAGAUGGGGGACUAAGAUGCAUUUUUCAUGAGUGACAGUGAUGAAUCCGUCCCUGUGCCGCCUAAUGCCGAGUCCGCUUGAUGAAUCGCUACAAAAUGGGUUUUGAAAUCCUAAUGUGCAAAGUUCUCAUCAAUUAUUCCUCAAUUAAACAUGAGCAGCUACCAAAGAUAGAAUGUGUGAGAAAACGUGGGAGUGUCUCCGUUUGAAUUUGUGUUUUAAUUAUUUAUUCAUCUGCAAACAAAAACUGACUGCUGUCUAACUUUGCGACCUGCAGCGCCACUGGAAUAAGACCCAGGAGGCUACCUACCUGCGCAGCUAAUGAUCGUUUAUUAUUGUGUGUCUUUCUCAUUUUUAAAAUGUAUUGUUUUACAAGUUAUUGCUGACACUAUCACGCUCUGCCCUCUGUCAGACUGCGGUGUAGGUCAGCGGCUGUGGGCGCUCUAAUCUAACCGUCGCCUGCACCUUUAAGGGAACCACAUACCUUUUUUUAGCAAGCGGAUUCAGUUCGAUAUGAGCGACCAUCAGUUUGUGGGAACCCUUAUUCCCACAGAGGAGCAGAUGAGAAGGCACCGCCGCCGGAGCAAGCAGCCUCUGCCACUAACGCAGCCUUAGUUUGCCGUCAGAAGGAAUAGGUCACGUUUUUCCCUCCGCUGUGAUUUUUUUUCCCUCUGCAACUUCUUUUUAUUCCUACAUUUCCCUCUCUGUAAAGAUGUGCAUUUUCUCAGCGUGUGUUUUCCUGGGAGUCCUCCUCCUGUUUGCACCCUGCCGGUGCUCGGAGUGUCCUCUCGCUUGCGAAUGUUUCGCGGUCACCCACACGGUGAAAUGCGUCUCCGUGGAUCUGCUCGCAGUGCCAGACAACAUUCCAGGAUACACCCGGAAUGUCAUCAUCACGGGGAAUAACAUACAUCAGGUUGGACCAGAUCCGUUCACAGAGCUGCAGAAUGUAACUAACAUCAUUUUAAGCAAUAACAGGAUCACAGAGUUGGCCUCUCACACUUUCGCCGCCCUCACCAACCUGCGCUCCCUGGACCUCAGCGCUAACCGGCUGGUGCUCAUCCACCCAGAGGCCCUCAGCAUCCCCGGGAGCCCCCUCCAGGAGCUCAACCUGAGCCGCUCGCUGCACAACUUCACCGCCUUGACUGACCUGGCCACGGCCCUCCGCUGGGGUGGCCUCUGGGGUCUCCUCCGCCUCGACCUCUCCGGGAACCUCCUGGCCCUCCUGCCGCCCGGGAUGUUCUCCCACGUGCCCGCCUUGCAGCGGCUCCUGCUCGGCAACAACUCGCUGGCGGCCGUCUACGCGGGGACCUUCUCUGGCAUCGAACGUCUGCAGAUGCUGGACCUGACGCGCAACGACUUCGAGGCCUUCACGGGGGACGCCCUCCAGGAGCUGGAGAGACUUGGGAACGCUCGGAUCUUUCUCGGGAGCAACCCGUACGCCUGCUCCUGCGAGAGCCGGGAUUUUGUGACCUGGCUGAAUAAAACCAAGUCCCGGGUGGACGCAGAUGCGGUCCGAUGCGCGUCGCCAGAGGAGCUAGCUGACGCCAGGGUGCAGGGACUCACCGUCCGGGCCAUCGGCUGCGUGGUUCCGGUCCUCGCCGAGGUGACUGACCUCACCUUGCAGACGUCUUACGUUUUCCUGGGGGUGGUGCUGGGCUUCGUCGGCAUGGUUUUCCUCUUUGUGCUCUACCUGAAUCGCAACGGCAUGAAGAAAUGGAUCAUAGAGACGAGGGACGCAUGCCGGGACGUCCUGGAGGGCUAUCACUACCGGUACGGGAUAGACUCGGACCCUCGGCUGGGUCACAUAACAGCGGGCGGCAGCCGGCCGCAGAGGCAUCCGGGGCUGUCCCAGCAGCUGCCAAGUGACACCUGCGUCGUCCAGGGCCCCACAGAGACUCAAGUCAGACCAGUGGUAACCUCCCCUCCUGUAAACUCCUGAUCUUGGAAGGUCGUCGUUUGAAAGAACGCCAGUGCGUAGCAUUAGAAUGUCAUCGGAGAAUGUGUUAUUUCACAAAUUUAGUUCACAAAGCAAAACCCAACUAGAUUCAUUGCCAAGAGUGAUAUGUGUCGAGAUGCAAUUACGAGACCAAUCAUAAAUUAAUUCAAAAAAAAAAAAAAGAAACUUCACGAUGCGGCCUAUACGGUCAUGUGGAGAACUGCUGACUUGAAGGUUGUCCAGCAGGAAAUCAUCGCCACCCUCCACAAACAGGGUGAGCCGCAGAAAGGUCGUAGCAAAACAAGCUGGCUGCCGCUGUAACUAAACAUGUCAUUGAAACAUUCGGUGGAAGGAAAAAGUGUGAUCAAGCAAACAUGCACGAGCAAUGGAGCUAACAGCAUCUCUUUCUCUCUUUUUUUUUUUUAGAUUACAUUAAAUUUUGUAUUAAAUUUGAACAUCAAUAGUCUGGAGUGACAGAGGAGGAGUGCAGUGGGAUAUUUCCACAGUCAGUUGUUAUUUGGAGAGCCAUGUCAUCUGCUGGUGUUGUUCUUCUGUUGUUUUGAGUCCAAAGUCAGUGCAGCAGUCUGCCAGGAAAUUUUACAUCACCUCAUUGCUCUGCUGGCAAGCUUUAUGGAGGUGCGUGCCCCCACUGCCAACCUUACCGUUAUCUGGAUUAAUGACCACGGUAGGGCUCAGCAGACCCAACAGGAAAAUCAGAGGCAGCU